CCGACCGUCACUGCGAAUUUACCUGCCUUCCAAGCGAUAUUAACCAUUGCUCGAAAACCAACAAUGGUAACGACCCUAUUCCUUUCAUUGGCUGACUUACGUUAGCCUUUGAAUCGAAUCAGAAAGCGCGAUGGCCGCUCGAAAGGUCGUCAUAGAGCUUUCCGCCCAAUGCAAAGGCCGAUUGAGUCGACCACCUUCGUCGUGAAUGUACCGGAUCCCUCAAAAUUGGAUUUCGAGCCACUUAGGUAUCGUUUCUUACCCCUCCUCUCCCCUGUACUUGUUCGCCGAUGUACCCGACAACCACCGAUGCACUGAACGACCUUCUCAGGACUAUACAUGGCUCUUUGCUACGCACUCAUCGCGAUGCCGCCGAAGUCACGCCAGAGUACAAAUCCUUCCUUUCCGACAGCAUCCGCGAUAUGAAGGAUGAGAUACAACGCAUCGACGCCGAGCUCUCGCAGAUUGAUACCACGCGCCGGAUCUACGACAGGAGCUACGACACCGCCUGCUCACUUGAGAAGCGCUAUCCGCGAUGUCUCCCAGAACCCAUCCUCUCUCGCAUAUUCAUGCACGCUCUUCCGGGCGGCUGGGAGUCUCACUGCGCGGGGCGCGUGACAUUGUCGUUCACCCAGGUCUGUCACCUCUGGCGUUCUGUCGCACUCCGAACGCCUUUUAUCUGGAGGGACAUAAGGGUGCAGGUAGAAGAGAGCCCGCCGAAGCACUGGAAAGAGGCCGUGAUGGCGUACGUAGCCCGGUCGGCGGACGCCCCUCUGCGCCUCUCCCUCCUCCUUGAUACGCGCGACGCCAGCUCGCGACAGCAACGCUACAUCUCCAGGGCGUAUGUCAACGACGUCUUCUGGGACUAUGAAGUAUGGGAGCUGCUCUGCGCGCACGCUCACAGAUGGGAAUACGCCCGUCUUGAGGCGCUGCCCAUGAGUGCCUACAGCGUCGCGCCUCUCCUCCCCUUUCGCAGGCUCGCGACGAUCAUCCUGAGGCUUACGCGGGUGUACGCCCCUCCAGAAUCGGACGAAUGCUUCGUGCCCACUUCCUUCUUUGCGGAGGCGACGUCAGCUCAGUCCGUCACGAUUGGGUAUGUCCUGAAGCCAUCUUUGUUGGUCCUGCCCCUCAGCUGGCGCCCAGCGCGUUUGUCUAUCUGGGCCGGUUGUCGUAGGGGCCUCAUGGGGAGCGCGUUUCAGGACAAUUUUCACCCUCGGUACGAACCCGACACGCCCUGCCCGACGCUCGCGCCCAGCUUUCCCGCGGUGCUCCUCUCCAGGCUGUGGCUGCAGGAACUCGAGCUCUCCGUUGGGACGCUGCCUGCCAUGGAUCUUCCUGUCAACCUCGACGGUACCGAGUUUCCUGUGUUAAGAAAGCUGGCGCUCUUCGACGACGCGUGCGAGGUCGCUCGAUACAUCGUCACGCCUCGAAUAGAGGAGGUCGAGAUCGACGCGGACGGCACCUAUAUGGGAUGUACCCACGGGUAUACCUACUAUCCCCACAUCUUCGGUCACCCUUUGCAGUCGCUGGCACGUUUCCUUAGUCGUCCCGGCGGGUGCACCCAGCUCCGCGCUAUGCGUAUCUCACCUCAAAUGGACGAAAGCGCCCACGACCUGAUCGUCUGCCUCGAGAACACCCCGACCCUCGUCGAGCUUGUUCUCGACGCCAUGGACAACGAAGAGUUCCCCGACGAGGUCGUUGGCUUUGACGUGAUCGAGGCUCUCACGCGCAAGGACGACAACGAGCAUUCCCUUGCAUUCCUCCCAAACCUGGUGGCAUUGACGCUGCAUGUCGAGAUGUGCAUGACCUUCGCGAAUACAACCGAGAUGUACUCACCCGCCCCGCUCUGUGCCGCGGUCUGGCGCAUGCUGGCGUCUCGGCGAGCCGAGCGCGUGUACCAUGGACGCGUGCUGCGUCCACUGCGCGCUUUCUCUUCGUGCGCAGACGGGAGGGAGUCGUUCAAGGGCCACUGGCCCUUACCUGAACACCGCUAUGGAGAAGCGCAGCCACUCAUGACGGUGUCCGGCGACGUCGUCUGGGUCGAAGGGGCUGAGGAGGAGAUGGCCGAAGUGCUGAAGCAGGAAGCUGAAUGGAAUGUAUUUCUGGACUCCGCUACCGACUCUUCUGAAUAUAGUACAGCGGAGGAGGAUGGAAACUGAAGGCGGGCGAAAGGACGGUGGUGGUUCGGAGGCUAUAGUGACGAGGAGAUUAGGAGCAAAAUGAAGUUGGCGAAGUUACGACAGGCACUGAACAAACGCACUAGCGCACGAUGACAUCGAAAAUUUUGCCUUCAUUGAAUGGAAGUCAAUAGAAGCAAUGAUCUUGCCUUGACC